UUACUUCAGGGAGUUUGGAAACCUGGGACUUUUCUUCCCUAAUUCAAGCCUGGGUGGAACCUUUAUAAAUAUCGGUGUCAAAAAAUAAAAAGGUGGAGAUUGUGGGAGCAACAGACGUUGAACAUUCGCUUGGAGUCAUCUAGCUCUUGUAUUCCCAAACCAAUACUGCUGUGGGUACUUUCAAGCUUUCCCCCAGAGGGAGGCCUAGUUGGGACCACUUCCUGCCAAGAUGGAAAAUCCUGCUGAUAACUUCUCCUGCUAUGACCCAUCCAUUGUUGGUUAUCGCUACCUGUCAGUGUCUUGGGGCAUUGUGGUCACAAUAGUGGGCACAGUGGGCAAUGUGUUAACUCUGUUGGCCUAUGCUCUUGACACCAAACUGCAGACACGAUUCAACGUUCUCAUUGUCAACUUGACUUUGGCCGACAUCCUGUACUGCACCUUUUUGCAGCCCUUUUCCGUGGACUCCUACCUGCAUCUCUACUGGAGGGCGGGAGCUGAUUUUUGCCGUGUGUUUGGGAUGCUGCUGUUUGUCUCCAACUCGGUCUCCAUCUUAACUCUCUGCCUCAUAGCCGUGAGCCGCUACCUCCUCAUUGCCAAUACGUCUCUCUUUGACCGUAUCUUCACCCGUCUGGGAGUGAUACUGAUUUCUCUGGGGACCUGGGGGGUUGGAUUUGCCAGUUUUGCCCCCCUGUGGCAUGUUUAUGUCUUGGUCCCCAAAGUCUGUACCUGCAGCUUCCAUCGCAUCCGUGGGAGGCCCUACACCACCAUCCUCAUGGGCUUCUACUUCGUGGUGGGCCUGAGCUGUGUUGGCAUCUUUUAUUUCCUCAUCCAUCGCAAAGUCAAGAAAGCUGCCCAGGCCUUGGAUCAAUACAAACUGAAGAAGGCCAGCUUGAAGGGGGCUCAGGGUCAUGUAGCUGGAACCAACUCAACUAUACCAGGACAGUACCAUGAGCUGGACAGUGGGGUGGACAGUGCAGGUGCUUCACAGCAUUCCUGUGAGGGGCUGCCCUCUGAGCCAACAUCCAAGACCAGCAUUCCCCCGAGUUUGGACAGCAGCACAGCUCCUCCUGUGGCCCAGCCUGUUGUCCCGUCAAAGAAAGCAACCCCCUGCAAACCCAAGGAUAGCAACUCCGAAUUCCAGCGAGUGACCCGCAUGUGCUUUGUGGUUUUUAUUUUCUUUGUUCUUUGCUAUAUCCCUUUUUUGCUCAUCAACAUCUUUGAUGCCAAAAACCGGGCUCCAACUGUCCUGCACAUGAUUGCUGCCAAUCUGACAUGGCUGAACAGCUGUAUUAACCCUAUACUAUAUGCAGCCAUGAACCGGCAGUUCCGUGAGGCCUACAAAGGAGUGAUGUACAACUUUGCCCAGAAGUUCCACUGGUGCCGCUAACCGGUUGGGAACUGUUACUGUACUGUACAGCACCCCUUCUCCUCAUGGCUAAGUUCUCUGACCGUCAUUUGUCCCCCAGGAACUGCCAGGAAAUGGCCUAUGCUUUCACCGAGGACUAAAUUCCUGGAGUUUUAACUUCUGUUCCUAUUAUUACUGUAUUUUAUCCCAUCUUUUGUGGCAGCCAAUGGGGGACUUUGUAAAUCAAACAGAGCCUCAGUCUGAGUGGUUGAAGACUACGAAAACUCCACUUUGGGUCUGCAUCUAAGAGGGAAAAAAACUGCCCGUGCCAGGCUCCCGUUAGUACUGCAAAUAUUGACCUUUGUAAAGGGUUGUCUGGUGGGGCAAUCUGCUUUCUCUUUGCAAACGGCAUGGAUUGUCUGUACAUGAGUUGCAUGUGUACAUGGGAUAUAUUUUGGUAUUAUUAUGUAUUAUUUCUGUUUUGUGUUUCAUUGCCAAAAACACUUCGCUUCUUGAGCUCCUCCCCAAAUUCCUACCUCCUGUUUGCUCCCAGAUCAGGUAAAAACUCUUUGUCCUUGUUUUCACAAUACCUGGAUAAGUUUUGUAUUUGACCAUUAGUAACAGUAAAAGUUGCUGUCAGGUUUUCAUGCAAAAAUUUUUCCAGGUCUAUCUGGAAAGACCUUGGAUCGUCUGUCUGGAAAGACCUUGGAUCUUCUAUUUUGAAAACAUAUUUAUACCUUAGAAUAGAGAGGAAAUAUAUUCUCUCCAGGGGCGGGUUUCAAAACCCAUCACUACCCAUUUGUUCGUGGGUGUGCUGGUGCUCACGUGCAUGCGCAGAAGCGUCUGGGCGGGUGGGCAGAGCCUCUCAUCGCCACCAUUACCAGUCACUCACUCCAGGGCGAACUGGUAGCAACCCACCACUGAGUCUCUCUAUUCUAAGCCAUAAUUAAAGCUUAGCCCAUAUCUCUUCAGUCUUUCUUAUAUUGUAUCUAGAUCAGGGGUCUCCAACCUUGGUCCCUUUAAGACUUGUGGACUUCAACUCCCAGAGUUCCUCAGCCAG